UUUUAUUAUUACAAAAAGGAUGGAUGAUUGAAUAAUGCCAUGAAGGGUGUUGGUUAUACACUAUACGUCAUGUUUCCUCUGUACCAGUCAUGCGUAAUCUUGCGCUCAGUGCUGGUUGGACACGGACUGCACACACCGGUGAGGAAUAAAUGUCCAAGCAACCAAUCUUUUUUCUUAACAGCACAAAGUUUUCUAGUAAUAACCUCUUUCAUGUUGGAUGCAUAUUGGAUGGACAGCCAGCAUCACUUAUUCCAGCUGCUGGGCAGCGCGCGAUUUAUUCCUUGAGCUCCUGGCCCCCUUCUGUUCAGUAUCUGAUCGCGUCGCGCAGCCACAUGGUAUGGUUUUCAGCUUAGGUUUUGGGUUGUCCUGAAGCAGAAUCGCAUAUAUUUGGACCGAUAUGAAAAUUACAUUCGGUUCCGUGGUCGUCGGCGGGGGGUUAACGGGUGUUCUCAGUUUCAUCUCUUUAGCGCUUGCCAUUGGAACCGAAUACUGGUACAUCAUCGAAGACAAGCGCAUGAAUCACACCGACCCGGGGCGCACUAACUCUGGACUUUGGGGAGUUACAGAAGAUGUCCAAAGUCACACAGAAGACACUGGAUAUUCAGAAUCAGAAAGGCAGAUGGAAAUCAUGCAUAGCGUGAUUGCCAUCUUGCUGCCCUUGAGUCUGGUGAUGCUGGUGUUUGGAGGUAUCUGUGGUCUCGUCAGUUCCCUGGCCAGAAGCCGGACACUUCUGAUCGGAUCCGCUUCAUAUUUCCUCCUGUGCAGUCUUCUCACUCUCUCUGGGGUGAGUCUGUACAUCAGGUACUCUCAGAAGGCUCUGGAAGAAACUGAAAGGCGGAUGGGUCGUGAGCAAAUGGCUCAAGUGCACACAUCAUUCGGCUGGUCUAUGGGCAUGGCCUGGAUCUCCUUUCUUCUGGAGGUGAUCACUGGUCUUCUCCUACUGUUGGCUGUCAGGCUGGUGCCUUUAACUCAGUAUGAAGAGUCUGUCGCCCCCAUAUAGAGACUGACCACCACCUCCUUGAACCAUACAUGUCCAUUUCAGGCAAGGUAGUCAGUAUUUGUCAAGGUAAGGCCUCCUCUCUGUCUUACAUUGUUAUCAAAUAUACAUUUGAAAAAAAAUGUAAAGUAUGUUUUGUUUUCCAAACUUAUUUCACGUGCUUAAGAUCAUGAAAAACAUUUCUUUUGACUAGUACUGUAGUGUAGAUAUGGACAACCAAAUUGCCCUUUGCAAUAUGCAAAAAAUACAUCAGAUGUGGAUAUCAGAACUGUUAAGUAAAUUUCAUUUAUUCUCUCUUUUACAAUUUAUAGCAUAUAGACCACUUCAAAGGCCAACUGUCUGGCUCAUUUUCAUAUCUUUUGUUGAUAAUUGCUACUGUAAUUGCUAGUAAAUUUAAUGUGUUUUGCACCUCUCUAUUGUAUUAUCUUUUAUGCUGCUUUCCAUGAUUUGUGUGUUCACUGUUUUUCUCUUGCUAUUAUUAUCCUUGAUUUUACAUUAUGAACGGAGCAUGUAACAGGAAGCGUGACCUAAAUGUAUGUUUUACAGCCAUCCAUUGUUCAUUUAAAAUUUGUGUAGUUUAUGAAAAGGCUUUUCUGAACAAAAUUCAUUUGAAUUUUGUGGUUUGAUUUGCUUUAUAUUUGAUACUUCUACUUUGAUGUUUUAUAUGCAGGCUUCUGAAACUUAACAUUUGAUGAUUGAGUGCUUUGAAUUUUUUUUUCACUUUGAUCUUUUCAUGAGUCAGGCUGUCGCGUUUAGAAAACAAGUGCUAAGAUGGAUCAUAUCUAAUCAUAGUUAUAUGUCUUACAUUUCUAUCCAUCAAAGCCAAACAAUCAGAUUUAAACUGCAAUGCCGAGAGACAUCUCAUAAUUCAUGAGAAGCUAUGUCUUGUGAAUGCUGUUGUUCUUAAAAUACUGUUCUCAUAAACAGUGUUUUGCUUUAAAUACAAUCUUCUCAUUUAAAUGUAUGUUUAAGUGCUUUGCACUUUAGCUUGAUUAGUAGCUGUUGUUGUUUGUCAUUUCUAGUUGUUAUAUUGUAAUUUUUAUUAUUCUGAUUUUGGUUUAUGGCAACAUUGAGGAACAUUAUGCUUUUGGAUAUUCAUCAAGAUUAAAGCUUAACUGAAUUGUCUGUA